AUGCUAAAAUCUUCGAAAAGACUACCUAAAUAUUAUGAUUAUUUAGAGAUGUUUUAUAUUACUGCAAAAGAUUUUGAUAAGGCAAUCAAAACUAUAUGAAAAUCCAUUCAUCUAGGCAAAGGAAGCAACAUAUAUACGCUCUGGCGUUUAUAUAUGGUAUUAGGUAAAGUUUAUUGGGAAAAAAAUGAUUUUAAAAAAGCCCAUCAAGCUUUUUUCAAUGCGAAAUUUUGCUGUAGGAUAUUACCUUUUGGCAAUCCUCUAAUUAAAUAUAAUUAUGAAACGAUAGGAAAUUUUUAUAUGAGUUAUCGCUAUUUUGAUGACGCUUUGUGAUACUUUGAAACUAUUGAAAAAUUUUGUUAUGCUAAUGAACUCCCUAAAACUAAGCAUUUUAUUGGAUUUCUUUAUUUUUUAAUUGAAAAUUAUGAAUCUUUUCUUAAAGUGAAAACAUUAUUAUCCAGUGGAGAUCAAAUUGAUAAAACAUCUCUUUGUGUUAUAAAUGCAAUGAUUGGAAGAUUGUAUUAUAGCAAAGGUGAUAAAGAUAGUGCUCAUUCCUAUUAUAUGGAAGCUUUUAAGCUUAUUUAUUACUAUGGUUACUGCUUAUAUGACUUUAAUUUGAGCUCAGCUAUAUUUCUUAUUGAAUAUUUUUUAAUAGAAAAUAAAAUUAAAAAGUGUGAAACUGUUUUAGUGAAGGCAUGAGAAGUUUUAAAAAAAAAUCCAGCUUUAGAUUGCUUUCAGGGCGAUGUGCUACUAAUAGAAGCACAACUUAAAAUUAAGCAAGGUGAAAGAGAAGAGGCAGAAAAAUGCUUGAAUCAAAUAGAAAAAAUAUAUAAAAUUGAUAAAAUAUUGAUGGAUCCUCCAGAAAAGAUACAGCUCCGGUAUGAAAAAAUUUGUGGCUGAAUGAAAUUUGCUAGCCUUAAUUUAGAGAUUAAUUUACUAAAAGCAGAAAAAAUAUUAAAAUAUAUUGAAGAGAUUUUUAAAACAAAUUUUUUAAAUAGUUGGGGCUGAAAAGGACAGUUAUAUUCAUUUCUCGGGUUUUUAUAUCUCUUUCAAGAAAGAACAAAAAAAUCAAAAAAUUACUUUGAAAAAUCAUUAAGCAUAUAUAGUCAGCAUACUAAUAAUGUAGCAGCAAUGAACAAUACUAAAAAAUGCUUAAUUAAAAUAGAAUUAAUGGAAAAAAUUCUCAGUAAAAUUAGAAUUUUUCUUAACGAAUUUUUUUUCAGCUGCUUCUAG